AUAACAUGCACACCAAGCAAAGUUUCCAGACUCUGAGAGAUGAACUUGAAGCUGUGAAAAGAAAUCUCACAGAUGACCCAUGUCCAAAAUGUGAAUACGGCUGGGAGCAGCAUGGAAGACAGUGUUAUUAUUUCUCCACUGAUUAUUUAACCUGGAGUGAGAGCAGGGAUGAAUGUCGACAGAAAGGAGGAGAUCUGGUUCAGAUAGACAGCAGAGAGGAGCAGACAUUGCUGGAGCUGAAACUGAGAGGAAGAAUGAACAAUGAAUGGGACAUGUUCUGGAUCGGACUGACAGACUCAGAGAAAGAGGGCACUUGGUUGUGGGUAGACGGCUCACCACUGAACGAGAGUUUGACAUUUUGGUUCCCCGAUGAGCCAGAUAACUGGUCAUGGUAUGAUCCUGAUGAUGCGGACUGUGUGACGAUUGGAAACAGAGCAGAACCUCCUGAUCUGAAAUGUUGGUUUGAUGAAUCCUGCAAAUAUACUCGCAGAAGGAUUUGUGAGAAGCCAGCAUAA